AUGUCUGAUGCAGAUCUCGAAGAGAUAAGGAAAGGGCGCCUUGCGCAACUUCAACAGCAGCAACAGGGCGGAGCGUCUGGGGGAGGGGGUGGGGAAGAUCAGCGGAAACAGCAAGAAGCUGACGCUCGCACAUCGAUUCUCUCUCAAGUCCUCUCACCCGAAGCCGCUGAUCGCCUCGGCCGCAUUCGCCUUGUCAAAGAGUCUCGAGCCACAGAUGUGGAGAAUAGACUUAUCAUGCUCGCGAGGUCGGGACAACUUAGAAACAAAGUAACGGAAGAACAAUUGAAGGAGUUGUUAGGCGCGAUGACGGAGAAUGCAGAGAAGGGUGGAGGAGGUGGCGGGGGAAGAGUUGUAAUUACCAGAAGGAAAGACUGGGACGACGAUGACGAUCUGUUGGAUCUCUAG